AUGUCCAGCAAGAUGCAGAUCGAUGCAGGCGGCAAUUACCUUUCCCACAGCGCUUUCAACAACACCACACAGUUCAACAACGCCAUGAACGACGCCACCACCAACAACACCAAGCGCGAGAAGCAGCAAAACGGCCAGCGAGCCCCAGCCGGCAAGAACAACCCAAAGAAGCGCAAGCAGGGAAAGCAAGCCCGUGGAUUCCUACCCUUCUCAAAGCACGAGAUGCGCGAGCUUCGAGACGCAGCGCGAGAGCGCGAGCGUGUGGCCAUUGCUAAUGGCGCCAAAGCGCCGCCGCCGGGCGCCGGACCGAACUGGGCGAAGAACCGUGAUAACACGCUGGCAAAGUACGCGAAGCGGGCGAAGCGAAGGCAUAAGAAGCACGAGAAGAGGAUGAGGGAUAUGGCGGCGGGCAAGGUACCGGAACAUGACUCAUAUGUGCCGGACUAUGAGGGCGAGGGGAAGGAGAGGAGCGCGUGA